UCCGGCCACUCAUGGAUUGUCUCUCAUUCUGAGCCUGACACCCGAAUUCCCAGUUUCGACUCCACUCGUCGAGAUCUCUUGGCUGCCUGGCGUAGGUGGUCACCUGAGUCGGAUCCGGUGAAUGCUAGCGAGCGCAUACAUCUCCGCAUGUUAGCUUGCUAUACCAGUGCUCUCAAUGCUCUCAGAAAGCCGGUUGAAGGUGGUGUCCAGGUCAACUUUUCUUCUCAUGGCUUUGUCAUCCAUCGCCCAGAAGAAAUAAACGAACACGAGCUGUUCGCUCUUUCUUACUUUUAUGAGCUUGCGGCCGAACUCAAUCUGAUUGAUUCGCGAAAUGGUGGUUUGUUAGAGGUUGGAGACUAUCUACGUGCCGCCAGCAUAGGUGGGUAA